AUGGCAGCAAAAGAGACUCCUAGUCCAGUUUUGAAAAAUAAAGAUUUAUUAAGAGAUGCCGCUUUUAUCAACGGUCGGUGGAUCAAGGAGGCUUCAGAAUACUUUGAAGUAACUGAUCCGGCCUCUGGGAAAGUUAUUGCCAAGUUGCCAGAUCAGCCUAUCAGUGCUGUGGAAGAGGCGAUUGAUGUUGCCAAUAAUGCUUUCAAGACCUUCAAGAAUACCACGCCCAGACAAAGAUCUGCUUGGCUGAGAAAUUUAUUCAAUCUUAUGAACGAGAACCAGGAGGACUUGGCAAAAAUUCUUACAUGGGAGAAUGGUAAAGCCUUGAGCGAAGCUCGUGGUGAAAUCAAAUAUGCCGCCUCUUAUUUUGAAUGGUUUGCUGAAGAAGCUGUUAGGUCCUAUGGUGUUACUAUUCAGCCUGGAAACUGCUCGAAUAGAGCUUAUACUAUAAGGCAGCCUGUUGGGGUUUGCGGGAUGAUCUGUCCUUGGAACUUCCCAUCCGCAAUGAUUACCAGAAAGGUUGCGCCGGCUUUUGCAGCGGGAUGUACGAUCGUCUUGAAGCCUGAUUCUCAAACCCCUCUGUCCGCAUUGGCGCUUGCUUAUCUGGUCGAGAAGGCAGGAUUCCCUAGAGGUUGCUUUAAUUUGGUUCUUUCUCAUACAAGGACUCCGGAGUUUGGUUUGAAGCUAUGUGAGUCGCCAAAGGUAAAGAAAAUCACCUUCACUGGUUCAACCAACGUGGGUAAGAUUCUCAUGGAACAGUCGGCCUCCACGAUGAAGAAACUGUCUCUCGAACUUGGUGGAAAUGCGCCCUUUAUCGUCUUCGAAGAUGCGGAUAUCGAUGAAGCGGUCGAGCAAGCUCUUGCUUGCAAAUUUAGGGGUCUCGGCCAAACUUGCGUUUGCGCUAACAGGUUUUAUGUCCAAUCAAGCAUCAUCGAAGAGUUUUCAGAGAAACUAGCUGGUAAAGUUAAGAAAUUUAUUAUUGGCCCUGGCCUACAAGAGGAAACCACUCACGGUUGUUUGAUCAAUCAGAAAGCCAUUAAAAAGGUGGACGAGCACGCGCAAGACGCAAUUGAGAAAGGUGCCGAGGUAGUCCUCAAAGGUGGCCCUUUGCCUGAGAUCGGAGAAACGUUCUAUUCUCCGGUGAUUUUGACGAAAGUUCCUCACUCAGCUAAGGUAUCUAAGGAGGAAACUUUUGGUCCAUUGUGCGCUAUCUUUUCCUUCGACACAUUGGAAGAAGUAAUAGGUUAUGCAAAUGAUACAAAUGUCGGGUUGGCAUCCUACGUGUUCUCUAAGAACGUUGAUAAAAUCUACACAGUGGCUGAAGCCCUGGAGACAGGUAUGGUUUCUUGCAAUACCGGGAUUUUCUCUGACGUUGCUAUCCCAUUCGGCGGUGUCAAAGAAUCGGGUUUCGGUAGGGAAGGUUCCCUUUACGGUCUCGAGGACUACACGAUUAUUAAAACAGUUACCAUUGGUAACUUACCCAACAGAAUUUAG